CGUCUGCCUUCGUCGAAUGUCUUACCGUCAGAAUUGAUACACCAUAGUCCUCCUGUUAAUUCGAAACAGUCUUCUUUACUCUACCUGUUGCUUAACAAACGAACGAACCGAAGGCGAUGAAUUAUUUGUUCAUUUGUCGACACAGGCACGAUUUCCGAUGUUUCCCGAGUUUGUUGGAAAGCUCACUCUAGUUUCCACCCUAGCGUGUGCACAUUUUUAAUAAGUUUGCUCUGCUUAUUUUAACAUUCGCUAAAUCUCAUAGACAAAUACAGAUAGAACACAUGUUUACACGAACAUUUUUCAUCGUUUGUUUUAGCCGUACAAUCAACUGCCGAUGUUCUCCUAUACUCUGUGAAACCACCCCACCCAGAGAACCAUUGUUGAAGCAAUCGCCAUCUGACGACUGUUCACGCAACAUGAAUAUUUGAUCGGAAUAUGACUGCUAAUUGUAUCCUGGAAAUGAAAUGUAAUUUGCUGACACUAGGGACUCGGCGAUAAUCUCCUAUGAUUUACAUGUAUGCAUACAUACACGUGAAACGUAGAACAUGGAUUUUCGUGGCAGAUAAACAUUCGAGGAAAAUGUAAUCACAAUUUGUAGGAGAGUGCUCGAGCAACUCUACGGCUUUAAGGUUUCCCGCGAAAAUGAUGUUAUCGAAAAGUGGUAACAGCCAUGUUAUUCCCAACUCGUACCUUUCGUAUUAACUAACGCCGUUCAUGUUUGUUCAUUAUACCUACAGUCGAAGAAGAAACUUCCAAGUUGCGAUCUUCUAGGGGACGCGAUACGCGGUGCGGUGCGUUUAUUGGUAUCGAAGGAUAUUAAAGUGGGUCGGAAUUGCGAGACAAGGUCCACAUACGCGCCCCUUUUCAUUGCAAGCGAAUGCAAGCGGCGUGACAAUGGAAAAAAUUCUGUUUACUCAGCCUGUCAGCUUGUCGUUUGUUCGCCUAUGUAUACGGAAUACUACUGACGCUAAAGAGAAACCGAAGCACCGAGUCUCUACGAUGAAUAAACAUCGUUAGGGCUUGUACGAAACUAUAAAUGAUUUUGAUUUGUUUGUGUUUCGUCGUGUUUCUUCUCUCCUCGCGCGAUAUUUACCAUUAUUUCCUAGUAUUUGCUUUCAGUUUAUGUCGGAUCGUAGAAAAACGCGGCUGUCGAUUCCAGAAUGAAGCUUAAUCGCAAGCCGAACUUAAUCGGAGCAUUUUGCGGCUAUUUUGGAAACUAAGGCUAAGCAGCGAUUCUGCGCGUGGAAGGAAGAUAUUCAAAAUGCUGACCUCGGCGAUAUAUUUCAAGGCCAUCGAAAUUUCCUGCCCCGCGUAAUUACCAAGAAUCAUUACGAUAUGCAUAAUUAAUAGGAGAAUAUGGCAGGCGAUGAUUUCGUGGAUAAUAUAAACUUAUGAAGAUAUUAAUAUCAACGACACCACUUAAUAAGCACGUAUCCUGCCAAUCUUUCGUUUUCGUUUCUAAUUAACGACGAAGAGGUCGAUUCAUUCCACUGAUCUGCUGUAGCACGCGAACUUCGAUGUAGUCACGCGUGUUAAAUUAAACGAGAAAUAUCGAUUCUAAAAGCUUGGAUACGUUCGACAAUGACUUCUCAAUUCGAGUCACUUCUUUAGGAUUUUCCUUCGUUUUGCUGACUUUGGUGUUUACGUUGCAUCGGCUGCACACCGACUGGUCUUCUUUUCCUUUCAGCAACUAAACGCGCGUAAAAGCUCGUGCGUCCGACCAUCAGUCCAGUCAAAACUGUUUACAAAGUACACAGAGGUAAUUUGUGCUUUCGCAGGCAGCGUGUAACGUAGCGCGGAAAUAUUGUAUUUCCAACAUAGUGCGCACGUAUACGGGUAGAUCAUCUUCAAAUAAAUAUCAUGUUGUCACGAAGCGACUCCUGGAUCUCCGUCAAGCUUGCUAUUUUUACGCUAAUGCGAAAGCUUUACGUUCAAUUAAACGAAGAAUGAUUCAUCAGCGGGUAAAAGUAUGAAUAUUCGCGUUAGAUUCAAGGAUAUGUAAAAGAGUAUGUAAAGCAUAAUUCAGAUAGCUCGGGAAGAUUAAUACAACCAACGUUGCUUGCUUCUCGCGACUUAAUUCAUGCCCGCUGUUAUCAAGAUAAUUAACCUUUUAUUUUCCUCUUUUAAUGGAACCUCGCUAUCUUUCGUGCGUUACAACGAACGCGAAACUAAAUUUAACCGCGCCAUGUAUUUAAUGUAACUUGGAGCUUGCCUUUGCUUCUCAUUUAAAAAGGAUGAGAUAUUAUAAUUCCUGAACUGACGUAGGUAUAAAAGGAAAGUCGAACGGCUAAAAAGAGGUAAAUGGCAGUCGGUAUCUCGUCGUGUCCUCUUUACAAAAUUGCCUUAUUCCACGUUUGUCCUAUUGAAGUUUCUCCGCAUCGACUUCCGCGUCAUUAGCUGCGUGUACCGUGCUGUUUAGUGACAAUUCGAGCUUCUCAAAAAAGGCUUCUCGGUUUUCUUCGUAUUACCAAAGCACUCCUAUGGCGUUCUGGCAAGUUUGUCUCGGUUUCGCGAGGUUCCUUCACAAAAGAUCGGCGCGCGUUCAAGAGUCGAAAGACAUUGGCACGCGUUGCAACCGGACGGAGGUUUCGCGAGUAAGUUUCCCCUUGAAAAUGAAUCGGUCUCUUCUAUCGAAGGAUCUUCCCACCUCGGCCAAACUGUCGGUGAGUGUUCUCAGCGUUUCGCCUGUGAUUCCACGCUUGUUCGACGUGCGUCGUUAUCGCCUCUUUGGUUGCCAAAUUUUUCUUAUCAUUUUUCAUUUGCUUUCACGCUACCGCCAAUUUUCAUUAGGACGAUUAUUCAAGAUCCAUUGGGAUUUUUAAUAACCCGAGAUAUCAUUCUUACGAUUUUUCCAAAUUUUUGCAUCACUUUCAUCUUUGCCAUUUGACUUUUCGCCGCCGUUCCCCGUAACGGUGUCCCAUAAGGUUUCAUUAACGGUUCUUGGGUCAUCAGUUUGUCGUCUAAUCUGGGAAAAUGUUUUCCUACAAAUUUGAUAUUUCUUCAUCGCUGUGUCGAUUGUGAGUUGAAACGCUUCUCAAGCACAGAGUGCUAAGAAAGCUCUCGCCUGUAGCAUAAAAUACCUGUAGCAUAAAAAUAGAAGCAUAUUUCUAUGAAAAUUAUUUAUUAGCAUAUGUGUAUAGUAUUCUAGAUGAUGGAAGGCCGAUCAACGAUCAGCAGCGAACGUGUUAAACGGCACAACACUCUCACGCAUCCCUUCGAAACGAUGGGACAGCAAAGAUAUGAUUGAUGCAUCGCUAUACCCACGAAUACAGUAACGAGUUAUUAAAGAUUUAAGUGGACAGCAGGGAAACAAGAAACGAGGAAAACGUCGCUCGACGUUCCUUUUCAGAAUCGAGCUAUUAAUACGUAAUUGCGCCAGCGACUAUGAAAGUAACAUUAAAUGAAAAUUGCCUUUUUCUCGAUAAACGCUGCCCAAAGAGAAAAACGUUGCAUCCAAACGUAUACAUGGACAAUAUAUUAAUUUUAUAAAACAGCAAAAUAGAAUUAUGAAAUUUGAUAGAAUCCGCGUUUAACGAGCAAACUCGUACGUAUACGAAUAAAUGAAAUUUCGUUAAAUUUCAUUUACGUAAGAAGCUUUACAGCGAAAAGGGUAGUAAAAUUGAUCGAUCUGGAGCUUCGCGGUAGAAUAAAAUUGUAUCGCAUAGUUUGACGACUUCUAUGCUGCACAAGGGAACCGCGGAAUUUUAUUAAGUUUGCUUUGUACGAUACAUUCCAUAUUAAAAUAUAAAAUCUACCACUAUCUCUUCAUAAAAAGGGUUUGCUUGUUUUAUGAAAGACAGAUUCACACACUCGAAUUUGUGUCAGUCAUCAUCCUUCCUUAUCUACGAUAUUAACUUUCCAAUAGAGGGAUUUCAUAUCGAACGGAUCAGGCGUGAAACGAUGGAAUAAUGAUUGAUGAUGAGAAAAACGAUGAAUCGAUAAUGUUCCUUAAAAACACUCAAUUAACGUUAUGCAGCGUCUAACGUAAUGGACAGUGGCAUUCGGAGGCGUAAGAACAGAGCCAAGCAAGGAAUUUGCGUCUAUUAAAUGCGAAGGUAACAGCUCCAUGGUUCUUCCUUUUGCUCACCUGAUAGCCGAUCGAACAUCGAGUCUUCGAUGAAGUCAGCAACAGACGAUACGCGAAUUAGUGCCAUAGCGUUGGGAUUCUGUGUGAAAGUUGAAGAGGAACGAGCAGGGUCGGCCAAAGCGAAGAUGUAAAAUUUCUUUCCAAAGAGGAAUUCUCGCUAGAUUAGGAAAGCAGACGGUGAAAUCGAAAGAAAAUCCGCAAGUUGAGUACCCUCGCUGGGACGAGAUGAUAAUGCCAAUUAGCGAUUCCUUGUGGAAACUGAAGAACGGUUGCGAACAUCGGCCGAGCUGAGGACGUGAUUUCCGUAAUUGUGGAAUUUGUGUAAUUUCGACGAAACGCGAAGGAAGAUCGCGAGCAAAGGGAAAGUCGGGAAGUUGAGUACCCGCGGUUGAGUUACUGGGUAGGAUAAGCGAGCAUCGAGUGUGUCAAAUGUCCGCCCAUACAUAGACCUACACAGCCAGUAGUGCAUAUCUGUUAUUUCUCUGUCAUAGUUUAUACACCAUCUAUAUGUAUAAACUAUGAGAUAUAUAGUUCGUGCCAGCGGCUCGUAUAUCUUUCAGUUCAUUUCCUGACACGUUCCACACAACCAAGGGAGUAACAUUUGUCAUGUGAUACCCCGCGUUUGUAAUUCUGCCCUUUUCAUUUUUCCACAAUUUCUCGAUCAUACGUAGCUCAGUUGCAACGGUCGUAACCCAAUUAGUCGGCUUUUACAACUCUGUCGUGUCAUAUUGUACGUAACGUGCUCGUAUUCGUCGUGUUUCGCUUACUGUAUAGUGUUUGCUCGUUGUUUAGCUGCGCUUUUUAAUUCGCUACACCUUUCAACGUGUCCUGUACUCGUCCUCCGCUUUCUUUCACCUAUAGAAAUAUGUUUGGUGGUGGUAAAGUGUCCGCGAUGGUAUUUACAAUGGCUCGCUAAUAUCGUACACGUUGGAAUUGCAGUUAGUGCGGAUCGGUGGCAUACGUAUCGUGUGAGAUGUAUGUUUUUUGACGAAAUGCUAUGAAUAACAUGUCGAAUUACGAUAAUACAGGGAAAAAAGUAAACGGGAUGCGGCCGCUGAACUUGCCAUCCGUGAAAUAUCAGAACGCGUUAUUGAUCAAUGUUAAGUCACCCAAGAGUAGCUCGCAGUUUGGCAAAUUGGACAAUCUGAAGACGGAGAUAGACACUAUCGGAAUGUCGGAGCCGGUAGCAGCUUCCGUCAGCGCCUUUAACCCAAAGACUGACAGCUUACACGCGUCUAUGAGGCCGAUCAUCAUGUUGGCACAAUGCUUCUCCUUGUUUCCUGUGUCCGGGAUUAACAACUCCGAUGCAUCGUACCUCAGGUUCACCUGGCGCAGCCCGAAAUUUGCAUAUUGUGUGAUGUCAAUUUUUGGUUCGUCGAUGAUGACGAUAUUUAACAUUUUGAGAAUAGUUGCUACCGGAGUAAAUUCCACGAAAAUGACCACGUUCGUAUUCAAUGGGACGAAUUUGAUCGCUUCGUUGCUGUUCCUAAAGUUGUCGAUCCAGUGGCCCUGUUUGAUGGUAACUUGGGAGAAACUUGAGAAAGAGCUUUCGUACAGGCAUAGAAAAAUCUCGAGAAUCACUCUGGCCACGAAAUUUAGUAUCGUGACCAUAGUAGUGAUGAUGAUUGCAUUAGUUGAACAUGGUUUGUCGAUAGUCUACGGCUACAUCCAAGCUAAAGAGUGCGCCGUACACAAAGCAGAAGAGGAUAUACUUGGUGUGUAUUUCCAGAUGCAGUUUCCACAGAUAUUUUCUAGGAUACAGUACAGUUUGUGGAAAGGAGUAUUGGUGGACAUCUGCAAUAUUCUCAGUACCUUCUCGUGGAAUUUUGUCGAUCUGUUUCUCAUCCUUAUCAGCAUCGCCUUGACAGAUCAGUUUCGUCAACUAAAUAGUCGUUUGAAUUCUAUAAGGGGCAAGCAUCAUUUCAUUGUUAAGGCAAUGCCCGAAUGGUGGUGGGCCGAGGCAAGGAGUGAAUAUAAUCACUUGGCAACGCUAACAAGGCAACUGGACUCCCAUAUCUCCGUUAUGGUUCUUCUAUCUUUCGCUACCGAUCUGUAUUUCAUCUGCAUACAACUGCUUUUCUCUUUCACCAGUCCGAUGCGAGGCAUUAUCGAGAAAAUCUACUUCGGCUUUUCCUUUGGAUUCCUGUUGGCGAGAACGACAGUGGUCUCUCUGUGUGCCGCAAUGAUUCACGACGAGUCGUUACUCCCGGCCCCGAUCUUAUACAGCGUUUCUGGAAGCAGUUUCUCAACGGAAGUAAUGAGAUUCCUAGUACAAGUAACAACGGAUAACAUUUGCUUGACGGGGAUGAAAUUCUUCUCGGUGACCAGGGGCCUCGUAUUAACAGUAGCAGGAACCAUAGUCACGUACGAAUUGGUGUUGGUGCAGUUCAACACAACGCAGCAAAGUGAAGUGUCGAACAGUACCGUGUGCGAGGAUCCUUCUUCUGUGGUAUAAGUUCAUCUCGUUGGAGCACGCUAGCACACUGUAAUCUCGAUCAUUCGUUAAACUUUCUCGUAAAAUAUAUCGAUAAAAGUUAUUGGUGCGACAAAUCUUACGUCUGGUAUCACUUGGGAAUAAAAGAUACAAUAAUCGUAACAAUUGUACUACGCAAGAGCGACUAAUGUUCGUUAUUCCGUUCGCUUGGUAAUUUUGACAUUAAGAGUAAGAUCAAAAAAGCAACAAAGUAACCUAAGUGUAAUUGCUUGAUACUCCCUGAAAGUUCGAAGUUGAAAUUGUUAUUCUGGAAAUGUGCAGGUGUAUGUAGUUGUAACACAGGCGUUUUCUUGUUUAUAGAAAAAUAAAGAAGAGGAUGAAAAGAAUGUGAGAAACUGUGUUUAAUAUCAAGGUCUGUCAUUACAUCAACCCAU